UACAACACCACCGCGACAACAAGUAAGAAAGCUAGUUGGAGGAUGGGAGCAAUGGUGAGGUCUCCAUGCUGUGAGAAGGCCCACAUCAAAAGAGGAGCGUGGACUAGGGAGGAAGACCACCUCCUCAUAGCCUACAUCCGUGCCCAUGGAGAGGGGUGCUGGCGCUCGCUCCCUAUGGCGGCCGGCCUUCUCCGGUGCGGCAAGAGUUGUCGCCUGCGUUGGAACAAUUACCUACGGCCCGGUCUCAGGCGCGGCAUCUUCACCAUGAAAGAGGAUGAGCUCAUCAUCAAGCUCCAUAGCCGUCUCAGUAACAGAUGGUCGCUCAUAGCUGCAAGGUUGCCAGGAAGAACGGACAAUGAGAUAAAGAACCACUGGAACACGCACGUCAGGAGGAAAUUGUUGAGUCGAGGGACAGACCCAGCAACGCACCGUCGACUGAUCCAUGAGGAGAAAGAUACAGGGCGGCUUCUUCCAUAUAAGCAAGAGAAGAUUAGCAGCAGCAGCAGCAGCAGCAGCAACCGGGAGGGGUUAUGGAACAUACAGGACUAUAGGUGUCCAUACCUGAAUCUAGACUUGUGUUUAAGCCCUCCAUCACAGAAGCCAUGAGAUGAAAUGAAUUGCUAAUUGUUUCUCUUUUCCUUAAUAGUAUUUCGAUAUUACAAUUGGAUUUCUUUUUUCUUUUCCUUUUUGCACAGGCCAGAGUGGUCAUAUUAUAAUUUCCUUGUCAAACAUUGGAGUACUUUCUGCAUGUUAUAUGUCCUUUGUGUUCUUUAUA